CGGCGCUUGGCACCGGGCCCCCGCGGCCCGGGCAAAAAGGCUGGGAGCGGGCCGCCGGGGGCGGCGGGAGAGCGGGUGCGGACACCCCUCUCUGAUCGCUGGCAGGCGCGGGCUCCGAGGCACCAUGAGCGGCCGGGUCGGGGACCUGAGCCCGCGGCAGGAGGAGGCUCUGGCCAAGUUCCGGGAGAACCUCCAGGAUGUGCUGCCCCUGGUACCCACGCCAGACGACUACUUCCUUCUGCGAUGGCUCCGAGCUCGAAGCUUCGACCUGCAGAAGUCAGAGGCCAUGUUGAGAAAGCAUGUGGAGUUCCGAAAACAAAAGGAUCUUGAAAAUAUUAUGAGUUGGCACCCCCCGGAGGUGGUCCAGCAGUACCUGUCUGGGGGGCUGUGUGGCUUUGACCUCAACGGCUGUCCCGUCUGGUACGACGUCAUCGGGCCCCUGGACGUCCGGGGCCUGCUGCUGUCGGCCUCCAAGCAGGACCUGCUCAGGACCAAGAUGAGAGACUGUGAGAUGCUCCGGCUGGUGUGUGCCCAGCAGUCGGAAAAGAUGGGAAAGAAAAUCGAAACCAUAACCAUGGUGUACGACUGUGAGGGGCUGGGCCUUAAGCAUCUCUGGAAACCUGCCGUGGAACUCUAUGGAGAGUUCCUCUGCAUGUUUGAGGAGAAUUACCCAGAGACCCUUGGACGCCUCUUUGUUGUGAAAGCCCCCAAGCUAUUCCCUGUGGCCUACAACCUUAUCAAACCCUUCCUGAGUGAAGACACGCGGAAGAAAAUCAUGGUUCUGGGCUCUAAUUGGAAGGAGGUUUUACUGAAGCACAUCAGCCCAGACCAACUGCCUAUGGAUUAUGGAGGCACCAUGACGGAUCCUGACGGAGACCCCAAGUGCAAGUCCAAGAUCAACUACGGGGGCGAAAUCCCCAAGAAGUAUUACAUCCGGGACCAGGUAAAGCAGCAGUAUGAGCACACGGUCCAGAUCAGCAGGGGCUCCUCCCAUCAGGUGGAGUACGAGAUCCUCUUCCCGGGGUGUGUCCUCAGGUGGCAGUUCAUGUCAGAUGGGGCAGACGUGGGCUUCGGGGUGUUCCUGAAGACAAAGACUGGUGAGCGUCAGAAAGCAGGCGAGAUGAACGAAGUCCUCCCCAGCCAGAGGUACAAUGCGCACCUGGUCCCUGAAGACGGGACACUCACCUGCGGAGAGCCUGGCAUCUACGUCCUGCGGUUUGACAACACCUACAGCUUCAUCCACGCUAAGAAGGUCAGCUUCACGGUGGAGGUGCUGCUCCCGGACAAGGCCUCCGAGGAGCGGCUGCAGCAGCUGGGAGAGAAGGGGCUGGCGCCUUCCCAGCACUGAGGGCCGCGGCCGUCCCGCCUCGGCCCCGCCGCCCCCCGCAGCCCCGCGUUAGGGCUCCACCCCUGCCUCCCGCGGGGCUGCCCUCAGCCCAGCCUGACAAGGGGGUGGGGGGGGGUAACUGGGGGGCGCAGAGAGGCCGGGUGGCUCAGGACAAGCCCCCUCCCUCUCCCCCCUCCGGCCUAACUCGGGGUCCCCUGGGGAGGCACUGGGGGCUCCCUCCCUCCCUCGAUUUGUGCCAACCUCGGUUUCUGUCCCGAGCCAGCUCCAGGCUGGACAAAACUACCGGGCCCAUGGGGGGGGGGCGCCAUUAGUCACCAGGACUCCGGGCCUGGACCCCGAGAAGCACAUUCGCUCCUAGAGGGAGGCCAGAGGUGGCCGAUGUCCGGGCCGCUGCGUCCCCGCUUUAGCUCCUCCGGGCCCGGCUCUUCCCUCCUGGAGGAGGUGCGGGGGCUCCUGGGCCGGCUUGGCUUAAUCUCUAAUGAAAACUGAUCAUUAAUCCCCAGAGCCCCUUGCCCCCCCGCGCCCCCCCAGCACUGCCAGCCCCUGUUCCGGGCCGGAGACCUCGGCCCGGCCCUCGGGGGCUUCUGGCCUAGUCAGCUGCGCCAGGGUAAACUCGCCCACGACCGGCCCCGAUGGCCCAGGAAGGCCCGGGGGCAGGACCGCCCCCCCCCAUGCCCCCUGGGAGGCGGGGCCGGAGCGCUGCCCAGAGUGGGGGCGGGGAGGGGGCGGGGCCGGGCUCCCCUUCAGGCCGCGGGGGCUUGGGCCCGGGGCAGAGCCGGUGGGCAGUGGGUGGGCAGACUUCUUCCACUGAUUUACGGGAAACGAGCUGGGCGGGCCCGGCAGGGGCGCCUGGGAGGGAGCUCCCCGUCCCUGGAGCUCUCGGUGGGGGCGGACACCCACCUGGCCGGGGAUGCCGCAGGGGGCUCUUGCUCAGGGACGGGUUAACCGGGCGCUUUCAGAGCUGGCUCCCCAGAGUCGGGGCCCGGGGGGAGGGCGUCUCGGUUUACAAAGAUUCUGUUAGGAAAAUUAACCAAUAAAUAAAUCUAUGUGA